CAGCCUGAAAUUGCUGACCCUGGGGAAGCUCCAUGCAAGUCUGCAAGCUGCAAACCCAUAGCUACUUACAGAGGGGACACCUGGCCUGCCCCCCUGCAGCAUCUUUCUGACCCCUGUGCACUGCUUUGGAGGGGCUGGAGCCCCCGGCUUCCUUUAUUUACCCUCCGUAUACAGGCACAGGGUCCAUCUAGGCUCCGACUUGGAGAGUAACUCUUUCUGCACCAGAUUGAUAGCACAGGCUGAGGAUCUCAGAUACUUCACACACCCUUGCCCAUGAGCACCAAGAUCCCCUGGGCUGAGGGGUCAGAGUUAAGGGGAGGGUAAGCGAGGGGGUAGGGCAGAGUUCAGGCUCAUAGAGCUCCCAGCCUGCGGGGUGUGCUGAGCUGUCUAAUCUCAUCGUCAGACUUGUGCAAGCUCUUUGCUGGCAAGUGGGUGCCCUGGCCUGGCUCGGAGCUGGGCGGGGGGGAAGUGGUUCUGGGCCCAGGGCUCAAAACUGCUCUUUGUUUCUGUAAACGCCCUUUGCUGUCCAUAAUGAGCCGCAUUAGAGAAGGCAGCAAGUGAGCAGCGCUCGCAGGUGCUGGGCGAGGAGUAGCUGGGACAACUGUGCUGCCCUUGCUGCAUGUCUGGGGGCCUAGGGAGCAGUGCACCCACCCAGCUCCCCCCAUCCCUGACUGGUGCUUGCCUGACUGGUGCUUCCACCAAAACUGCCGAGCUGGAAACCCAGCUCGUCUGCUGGGCAAAACCGGCCCUGCCCGGAGCACACGUGGUGAUCUCCCUCCACACAGCUCACCUGUCUGGGGAGCUGUGAAUUAACUGCCUGUCUCCUGGUCGCACCUUCCAGCCAUCACACCUUCCCACUCCAAACCCACCUAGUGGCGUCUCCAGUGAACGUGCCUGUGACUCGGUGUCUCUGCAGAUCCCUCCCCAGAUGGUGCCUCCGAGAUGGAGCCAAUUGUUGGGAGCAGAGAAAUCCCAGAUGCUCCUGGGGCGGCAGGCAUUGGGGGCUGGAGCAUCAGAGAGGAGCAGAGCGACACGCUAGGAUCCCGGGCUGUGAAAGCAGAGAGCGCGUCCGAGAGCCUGGGCUGUGGGGAGCCCCUGGCCCCAGGGAGCGGCCAUGUCAGGGAUGUGCUGCUGAUCUGCACUGAGUGCGGGGAGAGCUUCACGCAUCACGAGGCCCUGAUUGCCCACCAGCGAGACCACACCGGGCAAGGGGCUGGGCCCUUCACCUGCCCCCAGUGCCAGAAGGGCUUCAAGCACAGAGCCAGCCUGCUGGCGCACCAGCGCGUGCACACGGAUCCAAGUCCAUGUCUGGUGGAGAAAGCUCAGCACGACUGUUAUAUUCCUUUAGCUGCAAUAAAAGCUCCUUGUCACUGUCCAGAGUUAGUGCCAAGGACCUCAGCCUGCUUAGCACAAUGGCAAAUGCACCACCGAAAAUCCUUUUAACCCAAGAUACAGAAGCAGGGAAGCUAGUUAAAGCCCUUGAAAUGGGAAGUCUUGAGUCAGGCUUUCAGUAUCAUCCUAUGUUGCCUUUUCCUGGAGCUGGAGUGAGUUUUUGAAGGGAAAAACACCCUGUUUGACAGCCUGUUGCAUGGAUGAGGUGCGAGAGGGAAUCCUUUGGAUCAAUUUCUGUGGGCGAUCAAGACAAGCUUUCGAGCCGUGCCAAGCUCUUCGUCUGGGCUGGAAGAGACUCUCCAAGUGUGCAGUGGAACAUGCAGUGGAACAGAUUGUUUAGCGUAAGGAGUUAACCCAUAUUCGAAGAGACUGCUGAUGUGAAGUGGCCCCUUAAUGCCUUUCCAUGUGUAGGAGAAAAAAGGGGAGUGGUUAGUGGGUGAUGUUGUAAUAAGCCUGAAAUCCACCCCAAACACAAUGGUAACCUCAUCCACUGCAUCCUCCCCAACAAUCAGUUUACAUUGAACAGCAAACACUUUGCCCAGCCCAUGGGAACAGCCCUGGGUACUGGGAAGGCUCCCAGUGUGCCACCCUCUUCACUGGCCACCUUGAGGAAGGCUUUCUGGACAAAUGCAACACAAAACCAGUGAUAUACAGCCAUGAUAUCUUCAUCCUCUGGGCAGACGUCCUAAACACCUUCAUAGAUUGCCAUCCCAGCCCCUACCUGGCCAUUAAACUGUCUCUAGAGUGCUCUCACACCAGCAUCAGCUCUUUGAACACCACGAUCAGCUUUAGCAACAGAACCCUACAAACAACCAUACGGAAGAAACUCACAGAUCACCCACCUUCAUAGAUCCAGUAACCAUCCCAAAUACACCAAGA